GCGAAUGCUUUUCCUGGGCAAGAUAAGAGACUGCUCAAAUCCAGGGAAUGCAAAGCUGGGGAGAGAGGCAGGAGAGAUGCAAUCUCCCCUAGCCACUUUUACUCCCCUUUAAGGACUGCCUGGUUACGGUCCUGGGAAAGAAAACCCCUGCAUUCCUUCCCUUUAAUUCCAGUUUAUUGUUAGAGCGGCGAGGCAGCUAGCUAAUCCUCGCAGACCUGUAGGAGCCCAAGCUGGAGCGCAGAGGAGCAAUUCUUGACGAGUCUCUGGGUAAGGUGAAGCGGCUCCUUUCGUGGCCACACCGUGCUCUCUCCUUGCCUCGCGGGAAGCAUGCAUCCGUCGCUGGGCGGAGGGACUGGGGCUCCUGUGACUAUUGCCGGGCAGGCAAGGGAGGCACUGGCCAGUGCGGAGCUUGGGCGGCUCCAGCAUGUCAUUGACUCUCUCCCUAUGCUGGAAUCCCCAGAUUCAACUCUGGAGGCAAUGGGCCGAAAAGAAGAGGAUGAUUGUAGUUCUUGGAAGAAACAGACAACAAACAUUCGGAAAACUUUCAUCUUCAUGGAAGCACUGGGAUCAGGAGCUUUUUCAGAAGUUUUCCUGGUGAAGCAAAGGGUGUCUGGGAAGCUAUUUGCCCUGAAAUGCAUUAAAAAGUCUCCUGCCUUCCGGGACAGCAGCUUGGAGAAUGAAAUUGCAGUAUUGAAAAAAAUCAAGCAUGAGAACAUCGUGACCCUAGAAGACAUCUAUGAGAGCUCCACACACUACUACCUGGUCAUGCAACUAGUUUCUGGGGGAGAGCUGUUUGACCGGAUUCUGGAGCGAGGAGUUUACACUGAGAAGGAUGCCAGCCUGGUGAUUCAGCAGGUCCUAUCAGCAGUGAAAUACCUUCAUGAGAAUGGCAUUGUGCACAGGGACUUAAAGCCCGAAAACCUGCUCUACCUCACCCCAGAUGAGAACUCCAAAAUCAUGAUCACAGACUUUGGUCUAUCCAAGAUGGAACAGAGUGGUGUGAUGUCCACAGCCUGUGGGACUCCUGGCUAUGUGGCUCCAGAGGUGUUAGCUCAGAAGCCAUACAGCAAGGCUGUGGAUUGCUGGUCCAUCGGAGUCAUCACCUACAUUUUACUGUGUGGGUACCCCCCCUUCUAUGAGGAAACAGAAUCCAAGUUGUUUGAGAAGAUCAAGGAAGGCUAUUAUGAAUUUGAAUCUCCCUUCUGGGAUGACAUUUCUGAGUCGGCCAAAGAUUUCAUUUGCCACUUGUUGGAGAAGGACCCCAGUGAGAGGUACACCUGCGAGAAGGCUCUGAGUCACCCCUGGAUUGAUGGAAACACUGCCCUUCACAGGGACAUCUACCCAUCUGUCAGCCUCCAGAUCCAAAAGAAUUUCGCCAAGAGCAAAUGGAGGCAAGCCUUCAAUGCCGCCGCUGUGGUCCAUCAUAUGAGAAAACUACACAUGAACCAGCAUGCCUCCGAGGCCCGCCGAGAGUCAGAAGGGGCUCGACCCGCCGCCGUGCAGACAUCUGAGCUCUCCGGGUCCAGCGCCCCCGUGCUCAGCAGCCCCAAGGCCCCUCCUCUGGGCAAGAAGCUGGCAGCUCCCAUAUCCACCUGGAUACCCUGCCAGCAUGGCCCCUGUCACCCCGCCCUGAACAGCACCAUCUCUGAGAGCAAGUCCGUCAAUUGCCUAAUCAAUGGCUCCCUGCAGAUCAGCAGCAGCCUCGUUCCCAUGCACCACAGGGCCCUGGGCAGGGGGCCCUGUGGCUGCUGCUCCAGCUGUCUGAGCAGCGGGGAGACCGGAAAGGCAUCCUUUGGCUCCGAACCAGCACUCUUCAAAAAGGCCAACAAAAAACAGAACUUCAAGUCAGAGGUUAUGGUCCCUGUUAAAAGCAGUCACCAUUCUCACUGCCGUUCGGGGCAGACUGGAGUCUGUCUGAUCAUGUGAUCCACGGUGCCCUCGUCUCGCGUUUUCUCAACAAUUUUUUUUUCGGAAAGAUAAGGGACUCUCCUCUGCACUUCCAGACCAGAAAAACACCCUGAAAUGAAGAAAACAGGAGCAAGCCCAAAGAGCCCUCAGGAGAAGAGCAGGGCCUAUCCCGGGGCAUUUUCUGGUGACAAAGCAGCAGGCUGGAUGGUCAGUAGCCCAGGUCCACCAGGAGCAAGCUGCACAGUGGAAAGGUCUCUGGUGAGGCUAGUGGCAGGUGGAAAGGAUCCUCCGACUUCCAGAUCUCCUCAAUGCGAUUGCCCCACUCUACCCCCAGCCUCCACCCCCAUCCCCAUCACCCUCUGUUCAGUGUACAUAGAUUGCUCUUCUCACAGGUCCAUGUGUUGUGCAGAGCUGAACAGGCUGGCUGAGCUAUGGCAUCCCUUUUGACAAAGCCAUAAGGACCAUCCAUCGCCUUAUGUUCCCGUGCUCCCACCCACCUGCUUCCAAUACAAACCUCCUGGGCCUUCACCCUGGCGAGUUCCAUUCUCUUGUUGACCCUUGUUACAUAACUGCGUGCAAGCAUGAAUGUUCUUAUUGGGUUUUGACAGUUAAUUCCUCGUGCUCUUCCUGUCUCCCUGGCAAAUUUCUAGUACAGGCCAACCUUCUCCCAGGAUUAUUUCAGAACCAUUUCCUUUCCCCACUCCCUCUCAGUGAUAUCACAGGCUCCAAAGCCACACCGAGAUAAAUUUCUACUUGACCCCUCUUUGGGGAUCACCUUCCCAAUUCCCAAUCACCCCCGCCCCCAUUAAUACAUAAAAUCGAGAGCUAUUUUUUCAUUUCGACCAAUAAAGAUCUAAAAACCCGGAAGUUUUCUCUCCCCGGAAGUUCCUCCUCUAAUUCCUUUUCCUUCUCUUGGGUACGGCUUCUACUCUUUCAGUCCUCUUUCUGUGUUGUGCUCAAUAAAAUGGACAUAUUUUCUUUA